UGAAAUUCCAUUUUUUAAUCCCACUUCUAGAACUCUUCAAUAACUUCAGUUUUCUUGAGCUAAGACUAACAAAACAAAAGCUAAAAAAGCUGCAGAAAAGUUAUUACGGAGUACUUUCUAGCCUAUUUCGCCCUGUUCCGAAAGAAACAGGGGAAUAACAAGCUAGCCGGAGAGUAUCACCGGAAUGUCGGCAGCUAAAGAUCCGGCAGCAAUCAAGCUCUUCGGAAAAACUAUAAGUCCGUGUUGGGACGACGGCAUGUCCUGUUCUGCUGAUCGUUCAGCUUCAAAAGACAAUAAGAUUAUAUCCUUGAAACUUUUAGAGAGUAAAGAGGGGAAUGAAGAUGAUGAUGAGCAUGGUACGGCCAAUUCAUAUGGAAAAGAAACACAAUGUAAAAAGCAAAGAGAUGCAAUUAUUCCAUGCCCAAGAUGCAAGAGCAAGUUCACCAAAUUUUGUUACUACAACAAUUACAAUGUGAAUCAACCUCGCCAUUUCUGCAAGAACUGCCAGAGAUACUGGACUGCUGGAGGCUCAAUGCGGAACGUCCCCGUUGGUUCCGGUCGUCGCAAAAGCAAAUCUUCUUCUUCUUCUGAGUUUCUUCAUCGCAUUAUGCAUUCAGAACAGCCCUUUCAUGGCCAGUUUUUCUAUGGCUCUCCAAUUCAUCAACUCGUUCUUGCACCCUCCAAUGGUUUGGUGAUGGGCCAUCCCUGCUGGAUCUCUGCUCCAACUUCUAUGGCAAUGGAAAGACAUUAUUGUUAUGGGCCCAAAGGAGAUGACACUUUAGGAUUGAUCAAGAGAGAAAGUACAUAUUAGGACCACAAAGAUCGCCUCAACUUCACGUUACUAUGAUACUAGAUUUUCACACGUGCUUCGCACGGGAUGCAGGUAGUAAGCAAUAAAAAAUUUGAAAAUAUAAAGAAAUGUUGUCAUAAAUAUAAAACAAUGUAUAUAUUGUUUGUAAUAAAAGUAAAUAAAUAUAAAAAAAUUACAAAUUAUUAUAUACUUUCUUGUAAACCACAUUUAAAGUCUUCUUGG